CACCCAGUGAACAACCUUCUAAACAAGCCUACUCUUUGGUCAACUCUUUUUAAUUUACGUUAUUUAAUACUGUCAUUUCUUUUGAUUACUGAAGUUGUUGGUCAAUUCAGCAGUACAUUUGUUUUUAUCUCUGAACGUCUGAAUAUGCUACGCUUGAGAGGAGCAGUCUGCCAGUCUUGGAGAGGGUUUAAAACCUUCUCUUGUUCUGCUGUAGAGGUAAAGAAUGAGCCCAUUUUAGGAUUUAAUAAUGGAAGCCAAGAAAGAAAAGAUCUCUUGCAGGCUUUAGAAAAUUUGAAAGGUAAGACAGAGGAGAUCCCGUGUGUUGUUGGAGAUGAACAUGUCUGGACCAAAGACAUCAGAUAUCAGCUAUCACCUUUUAAUCACUCACACAAAGUUGCCAAGUUUUGUUAUGCUGACAAGGAGCUGAUAAAUAAAGCUAUUCUGGCAUCUGUGGCUGCAAGGAGAGAAUGGGAUUUAAAGCCCGUCCAGGACAGAGCACAGAUUCUCUUCAAGGCAGCAGAUGUCAUCAGUGGGCCCAAGAGAGCAGAGGUCCUUGCUAAGACGAUGAUUGGACAGGGUAAGACGAUCAUUCAAGCUGAAAUUGAUGCUGCAGCUGAACUGAUAGACUUUUUUAGAUUCAAUGCCAAACAUGCCAUUGAGUUAGAAUCACAGCAGCCUAUUGAUGCUCCAGGAAGCACAAAUACAAUGAUCUACCGUGGACUUGAGGGCUUUGUGGCUGCUGUUGCCCCAUUUAACUUUACUGCUAUUGGUGGGAAUCUCGCAGGCACGCCAGCUCUGAUGGGUAAUGUAGUAUUGUGGAAGCCCAGUGACACUGCCAUGUCUGCAAGCUAUGCUGUCUACAAAAUCCUGAGGGAAUGCGGCAUGCCCCCAAACAUCAUCCAGUUCUUACCCGCUGAUGGACCUGUAUUCGGAGACUCCAUUACUGCAUCAGAACACCUCGCAGGCAUCAAUUUCACAGGCAGCGUACCGACAUUCAAACGUCUUUGGAAACAGGUUGGUGAGAAUUUGGACAGAUACAAGAACUUUCCUCGGAUAGCAGGAGAGUGUGGCGGAAAGAACUUUCACUUUGUCCAUAAGUCUGCAGAUGUUCAAAGUGUAGUGAUGGGGACAAUCCGCUCGGCUUUUGAAUACGGAGGCCAGAAGUGCUCUGCUUGCUCGCGGAUGUAUGUUCCUGAUACACUGUGGCCACAGAUCAAACAGGAGCUUCUCUCUGUGCACAAACAAAUCAAAGUAGGAGAUCCUGUUGAAGACCUCAGUACAUUUUUCUCUGCUGUUAUUGAUGACAAGUCAUUUGGUCGCAUAAAGAAAUGGCUUGACUAUGCAAAAUCCUCCCCAAAUCUAAAAAUUGUUGCUGGUGGAAACUGUGAUGACCAAAAGGGCUAUUUUGUGGAACCAACAAUCAUUGAGACCAAGGACCCACAAGAUGAUAUCAUGAAAGAGGAAAUCUUUGGACCAGUUCUAACAGUUUAUGUAUAUCCAGAGGACACAUAUAAGACAGUGCUGAAUCUAAUAGACAGCACAUCUCCAUAUGCCCUCACUGGGGCAGUGUUUGCACAAGACAAGAAUGUUAUCGACGAGGCUGCAAAAGUACUGAGAAAUGCUGCGGGGAACUACUAUGUCAAUGACAAAUCCACAGGUUCCAUUGUUGCCCAGCAACCAUUUGGGGGCGCCAGAGCUUCAGGAACAAAUGACAAACCAGGAGGACCACACUAUGUACUAAGAUGGACAUCACCACAAGUUGUAAAGGAGACACACGUCCCACUAACAGAUUGGAAGUACCUCUACAUGGGUUAAAGAACAGCACAUCCAUAAUACAUCCAAGCCAACAUCUUAUCAUGGCUUAUCCUCUGUCCUGAUUGACUGACUAAUACACAUUUUUAAAAGGAUAUCAUAAUAUAUAGCUUAUUGCUGACUUUCUGUAGAUUCAGGUAAUUUACUCUGAACAGAUUUGCACUGAUCAUGGAUUGAUUGUAGUUCCAGACAAAUGUGAUUCAAGCAGUCAUUUGUGCUUGUGCAUACAGUAUGAAUGGUUUACAGAGUCUUCCUUGAAAGAUAAAAUAUAAACAUAACGAAUGUAAUGGCUAACUUUUUAUCUGGCUACUAGCCCUAUCUUUUUAAUACUUGCUGUACCAUAGAGGUAAGGUCACACGUAUCAUGUUGUUAACUGUACUGUAAAGGUGUAUUUUAAUUAUUUAAGUGUAGGUCAAUAGGUUUUUCUUUUUAAAUCUCACCUUUAAUCUCAACAUAUGAAUAUGAGGAUUGAAUCCCAGGCCAUGGAUCCCUGUUCACUAUUUUUUUACAAAACCAUAAGGCAAGAAUAAAUGAAUGGUUGUAUUUGAAGGGUACAUUUUAAAUUGUUUCAAUACAGAAUGUAUUUGGGUUUAUGUUUGUGCGUGUAUGGAUUGGUAGCCUAAUCCAAAAAAUUCAAGAAGAACAUGUUUUGAGAAAUUAGGCUAUUGUGUACGAUUCUUAAAUCUAAUAAGAGUUCUAGUUUUCUACUCUUAACUCUGUUUUAGCUGAAUAUAGGCUUUAUGUCAUUGCCUAACAAUAUGACACACCUUGUGCCUGUAUUAAUAAAUCAUACAUGCAUAUUAUUUUUGUCAGUGGCGGCUGGUCUAUAGAGGGUGCAAGUGCGCCGCACUCCCUAACUUGACCUAGUAAAAAAAAUAAAAUUUAAAAAUUAUAUAAAGUC